AUGCAGCUGCAUUUGGAAAGUACCCCAUUAGGCACAUUUACAAACCUUGUUAGACCACAAGACAACUUUGAAACGGCAAGAGGAAAGGCCAAAAUAGCAGAAGAUACAAGCGAUCUAAACUCUGAAGCAUAUGAGAUUUCUUAUGUUAGGCCAGCUAGGAGAACACGUAAAAAAAUAAUAAGUUCAUCAGAUGAAGAUAGUGAUACCACCAUCAUACCAAGUCCACCAAAAAUGAUCACUACUAAAAAAAAAUCGAAUAGACCGACGUACUCUGAACCAGUUCGGGCUAUGAGAGCAACCCAGCCCAAUCCAGUCCAGCUAACCCCCGUCCAGACCAAUCAACCUUCCAAUAGGCCUGCACCUGGAAUACCCUCCCCUGCUCCCCGAAGGGAAUAUAUUAAGGAGCUGCUGAGACAAGUUCGGUAUUUAAAAAAUGCAGUGGAAGAUUUGGUUAAUACAUUUUCUAAGAAGCAACCCGAAUCAGAAACUAUGCUGGAAUCCAUAUUCUCAAAAUUUACCCUACCUAUAAAUAAUGAGAGAGAUUUAGAGGAACUCAAUUCAUUUUUACAAAAUGAGGAAUCAUUCCGUGAAGCGGUUAAAAAAUUAUCUAUGACUGGAGGAAACAGUCUGUAUGAAUUUGUAAGAAGAUGCAUGGGCAGGUUGUUUACUAACAAUUUGGCACACAAUUUCAGUUGGCUGGGACGAAGAAAGAAAAAACCCUUCCAUGACCUAAGAGUAGCUAAUUUGAUAAUGAAAGCUAUCAUUAAAGCGAAAAACGUCGACACCAAAGAAGCUGAAAGGGCUUUGGCAAUGUGCGUAGAGCAGGAGACCGAAUGUAGAGUAAAGCUACUUGAAUGUGUAUUUUAUAACUUCUGUUUUGAGAUUGUGAUAUACAGGGUAGACCAACCAACUUCAAGCAUUUUUGAGUCACCUUGUAUAUCUCAAAAUAUAUAAAAAAUGUGCUGCUCAUGAGAGAAGACCAUCUCGAAUUUUUUUUUCUAAUUCAAACAGUAAAGCCUUCAUCUCACUUUGUCAUAACUAUUUUUUUGUAUUUUGUUUCAAAAUAUGUCUACUUGAAUAUUAUGUAUUUUAUGUUUCUUUUGUGUUUGUUUUAUAUAUAUAUAG